AAGCGAAAAAUCCGGUGGAAGUCAGAAGGAGCUGAUUCUACAGAGACCGCUCUCACUCGUCCUUCACACUUCAUAGUUGUUCAACCCCAAAUCUUAAUGGCCGAUCAGAGUAUCAGUUGUUGAGCUGUCUCCUCAUCUAAACCCUCGCCUUCAUUUACUUCGUUAUCUGGUCUCCCUCUUCUUUCUCUCUCUCUCUCUGGUCUCUGUUGUUUUCGUUUCUCUUGAAAAAGGCUCACAAUGUUGGAAGCCAAAUCAUGGAAGCUGAAGAGGAGGAAAACCAGGUGCUUUUGACAACACUGGGGGCGUUUCUCGCAGCAGAUAAAACAAAGCAAAACAGAUGUGUUUUCGAAUAUUUUUGUUUUGGUUCAGUCUGCUUCUGCUUUCGUCACUUUACGUUUUGACCUAAUCGGACCCUAGACGGACUCUCCAAAGCUCGAGAGGGGGGAGGCUUGUUGGUUGUUGAGGUUGAGGUUGGGGCUACGCGAUGGAGGAGUUGGCGGCGACGGUUGGAGCUCAGGGUGAGAGCAGCGGGGGCGGCGCGGGGGGAGGCGGCGGCGGCGAUGGAAAGUAUGUGCGUUACACUGCGGAGCAGGUGGAGGCGCUGGAGAGGGUGUACGCGGAGUGUCCGAAGCCCAGCUCCACUCGCCGGCAGCAGCUGAUCCGGGAGUGCCCGAUUCUUUCCAACAUUGAGUCAAAGCAGAUCAAAGUCUGGUUUCAGAACCGCAGGUGCCGGGAGAAGCAGAAGAAAGAGGCUGUCCAACUUCAGUCUGUGAACAAGAAACUGAAUUCAAUGAAUAAGCUGUUGAUGGAGGAAAAUGAACGGCUUCAAAAACAGGUGUCACAGCUAGUAUAUGAGAAUGGAUACAUGAAGCAACAAUUGCAAAAUGUAACUGCAACAACUACUGAUACAAGAUGUGAUUCUUUGGUUGCUACUCCUCAACAUUCUUCAAGAACUGGAAAUAAUCCUAUUGGGCUCCUCUCAAUAGCUGAGGAGGCCAUGGGGGAGUUCCUUUCAAAGGCUAAGGGAACUGCUGUUGAUUGGGUCCAGAUUCCUGGGAUGAAGCCUGGUCCGGAUUCGGUCGGGACUGUUGCCAUUUCCCAUAGUUGCAAUGGAGUGGCAGCACGAGCCUGCAGUCUUGUAUCUUUAGAACCUACAGAGAUAAUGGAGAUCCUCAAAGACCGACAAUCUUGGUUCAGAGAUUGUCGGAAACUGGAAGUCUUCGCCAAGUUUCCAGCGGGAAAUGGGGGAAUACUUGAACUGAUAUACAUGCAAGUUUAUGCUCCAACUACACUGGCUCCUGCACGUGAUUUCUGGACUCUAAGAUAUACUUCAAGUUUAGAAGAUGGCAGCCUUGUGGUAUGUGAGAGAUCAAUGUCUGGGUCUGGUGCUGGCCCAAAUCCCUCUACCGCUUCACAAUUUGUCAGAGCCAAGAUGCUGCCCAGUGGCUAUUUGAUUCGGCCCUGUGAGGGGGGAGGUUCAAUCAUUCACAUUGUUGAUCACCUAGAUCUUGAGGCAUGGAGUGUACCUGAGGUGCUGCAACCACUUUACAAGUCUUCCAAACUUGUGGCACAGAAGAUGACAGUUGCUGCUCUGCACCAUAUUAGGCAAAUAGCUCAGGAAACAAGUGGAGAUGUAACACAUACUUUGGGCAAGCAGCCUGCUGUUCUGCGAGCUUUUAGACAAAAAUUGAGCAGAGGAUUCAAUGAUGCUAUCAAUGGAUUUAAUGAUGAUGGCUGGUCACUGAUGCAAAUCGAUGGUGCUGAAGAUUUAAUAAUAUCUGUAAACUCAGCCAAGAACUUGAGCACCAUUUCAAAUUCGACAGCUGCUCUUUCCUUGCCUGGAGGAAUUCUCUGUGUGAAGGCUGCCAUGCUACUCCAGAAUGUUUCCCCUUCACUGAUGGUUCGAUUCCUGAGGGAGCACCGUUCUGAGUGGGCUGAUUUCAGUGUUGAUGCAUAUGCCGCUGCAUCAUUGAGAGGUGACACGUUUGCUUUGCCCGGAUUGAGCCCCUCCCAGUUUUCUGGCAACCAAACUACCAUGUCUCUUGGCAUCACAGCUGAAAAUGAGAUACUAGAAAUAAUUCAACUUGAAGGCCAUGCUCUCAGCCAAGAAGAGGCUUCUGUUAUGUGGAGGAACAUUCAUCUUUUACAGAUUUGUAAUGGAGUGGAUGAUAAUGCUGGGGAAGCCUGCUCAGAACUAGUUUUUUCUCCAAUUGAUGAAAUGUUUCCAGAUGAUGCUCCGAUUCUGUCCUCUGGGUUUCGGAUCUUGGAGUUGGAUUCAAAAACAUGUGACAGACAAGAUAUGUUGGCUGCAAAACGAAUGAUGAAUCUAGCAUCCAAUCUUGAAGUACGCUCAUCCGACGCUACUGGAUGCACAGCUUCAUCUAGUGAUUCUCGCUCAGUGUUGAUUAUUGCCUUCCAGUUUCUUUUUGAGAGCCAUCUUCAGGGAAAUGUGGUGACUAUGGCUCGACAGUACGCCCGCAAUGUGAUUUCCUCUGUUCAGAGGGUUGCUAUGGCAAUAACCCCAUCUGGAUUGCAUGGGAGGCCAAAGUCAACCUCAGGCUCUCCUGAAGCUCUCACCCUUGCUCGUUGGAUCUGCCAAAGCUAUAGUUUCCAUUUAGGAGAUCAAUUGCUAAAGUCUAAUUACCAUGGUGGAGACUCGGUGUUGAAACAGCUCUGGCAUCAUCAGGAUGCCAUAUUAUGCUGCUCAUUGAAGUUGCACCCGGUUUUCAUAUUUGCCAACCAAGCAGGGCUUGACAUGCUGGAGACUACACUGGUAGCUUUGCAGGAUGUUUCACUGGACAAGAUAUUUGAUGAGGCUGGUCGGAAGGCAUUAUGUAAUGUCGUUCCCCAGGUUAUGCAGCAGGGUUUUGCUUUAGUACCAGCUGGAAUUGGUAUGUCAACCAUGGGGCGUCAUGUUUCAUUCGAGCAAGCCAUUGCUUGGAAGGUCCUUACUGAAGAAAAUACCGUUCACUGCCUCGCCUUUGCCUUCAUUAACUGGUCUUUUGUGUAGAUAGAUAUCUUUUGAUAUCUUUUGUAUAAAUUAGACAAAAGAAGGAAACUGUUCCCCUGUUUUGCAAUUAGUUUUUCUCCAUGCACCAAAUGCUUUUAGGCUUGAGAGAGUUUACCAGCAGUUCCAUCAACAGACGCCAAGUUUGAUUUGAUCAUUCUCCGGCCCUAUUUGUUUUUUGGCAGAAAGGGAAACAGCUGUGCAGCCUAGCGUUUAGAAUCAAUUGCUUACGGUUAAGGUAGUAACUUAACUGGAAGCAUCAAACCUUUUUACCUUGUUUGAAUUGGCUGUUCAAAAGGGACAAGGCUUCUGUUUUAAGUUUUAGAAGAGUAGCGCACAGACAAACUCCAGAAAGAAAGCACAUGGAUUGUUUAGAUGAUUCUUAAUGAAGCGUUUUUGCUUUGACAAGGAGUGUACCACAAAAUAAAGACGGUGUUGCUUCUCUCGAAAGUCUUUUUUAGCUUAUGUGAAAAGCAUUUAUA